AUGGCUUUUGAUGUUGGAGGUAUAGAUUGUGGUUUAACAUUUUCAUUUACUAUAUUUUCAUUAUAUUUCAUUUUAACUACUAUAAGAUUACUAACAAGAAAGACAAAAUAUUUCAGAUGGUUUUCAAUAUUUUACUAUUUACAAUAUAUUACAAUUCCAUCAUUAUUAACAUUAUUCUUAUCGUAUUAUAACGGUAAAACAAAACCAGCUAAUUUUACAAGUGUUGAGAUCUGGAGAUUUUUCAUCGUUAAUUCAACACCAAUUUUCACAAUUCUUGAAGGAUUUUGUUCAUUAUUAUCUAUUCAAGCUAUAAGUCAAAUCAUCAAUUGGUUGAAUAAUUAUAAAAGUGAUAGUUGGUUAAUUGUUUCAUUGAUAUUUAGUGGUUCAACUAUAACUGGUGCUUUAUAUUUCUUGUGGAGAAUUUAUGUUUUACCUAUAACCAUUGAUGUCAUUGGUGCAUCAUUGUUAGGUUCCUUAUUAACUUUAACUGUCGGUUUAAGUCUUUAUGGAAUUUUAAGUAAUAGAGGUUCAAUUAUUGAAAGUUCAUUGAUUUUUGCUUAUAUUGUUAGAUGUGUUUAUGAAACUUUCCCUCAAUUAAGUGAAAAUGCUAGUCAAGCUAUAAAUAAUAUCUUCAACAAUACUAAGAUUAAUAUUGAAAUUCCAAUUUUUAAUCCAAUUUUAUCACCUCAUUUGACUAAUAUACUAUCAACUAUAGUACCUUCAUUAGCAGCUAAUUUACCGGGAUCAGUUAAAACGAUGUAUGAAUUCUUGAAUAUUUCAGUAAGAAAAUUACCAAUCCCAGUAUUGUUUAAUUUUUCUUAUAGAAUAACGGUAUUUUUCGCCGCUACUAAAAUCAUUCCUGCUUUAUAUCAUUCAACUUUAUAUCCAUCAUCUUCCCCACCAAGAACUCCACCAUUAAUGAGAUCUAGAGAUUCCUCCUUAACUUCAAUUAAUUCCCUUUCAUUAACAACAUCCAAUACCAAUUCUCCAUCACCCAUUACAAAAUCAAAUUCCAAUUCUUCUUUGAAUUCUCACAUUGAGACCAAAUCAUUUUCAUCAUCAAAACCUCCUUCAACAAUUGUAACAUUGAUUUAUUCUUAUUCACCUUGUAUUAUAAUACCUGUUUAUACUCAUCUUUUGAUGUCUUAUAAUGGAGAAUUAGCUACUCAUUUAAAAUUAUGGGGAGUUUUCACUUCAUCUAAAAAUUCAUUGGAAUUACCAAUUCAUCCAGUCCAAUUUUGGAAUUGGGUUAAUAUGGCAACCACUUUGAUUUUAUAUUUGUUAGAAUUAUUUGGAGAGAAUAGUCUGAAUAAUAAUGCCUUAACUAAUCAUUGGAAAAUUGAUUAA